AUGGAGUCGGCUUCAGAUUCCAUACCACAAGUCAACGGAGAGUCCGAUAAGGCUGUGCCCGAGAUAGUGCAGAGACUGGCAAAGCUUAUAGCUAAUAGCGAAGAAUGGCACGAAAAUGGACGUAACUUUGUGAUAAAGGACACUCAUACUCUGGAUAUGUUAAUAAAGAAUUUGCCUGACUUUGAUGACUCUCUUCAAAAAGCAAUUCUAAAUAGACUAAUUGACCUCGCUGAAUAUUCUGAUAUGAACAAGUGGAUUUUAUUCAAAACAGGGACAACCAGUAAAUUACUAAAAACUAUGAUAUGGACUACUCUUCAAAGUCGCUCUGUGAUAGAAUGUACUAUUAGACUGCUCGAGAUUGUCUGUGCAUACUCGGUCAGAGUAUCGGAAAUCAAACUCAUACUGAACAUGAUUUGCCACGAGAAUGAAACGACUUUUCGCACAAAAGACGCUCUGGCAAUGACGACUUUCAAAUUUACUCACAAUCGGUGGUAUUUUGUCGUAAUUUCUCAUACCCCGGCUAAACGUGGGUGGAAAUCAAGUCCGUCGGAAUUAAGAGUUGUCGUCAAUGGGUCCAUUACGUGGAAGACAAAACUGGAUUAUCCGGUAGACGCUCCCAACGAAUCUUUUAAUCGUUGUGCAAUUGGGGCAUCAUUGUCACAAAAAAAGCUUGACAAGAGAUCAGAUAAAGCAGAUACAGCUUUCAAAAGUAGCAUGAUCGAGAAGUCACUCCGUGGCCAAAUGACUGAUUUCCAUCUAAUUGCCGAUACCCUUAGCAAAGAUCAAAUACAAUAUAUUUAUGGCCUAGGACGAAAUUACCUAACUCCAUUAUCGUCCGACCAACUGGUUGGUAGCGUAUUUGAUGCGACCCGUGUGAUUUUUAGUUUUCAUGUUAAGGCUUCAGACGGGCGAACGUGCUUUAAUUUAGCCUCUAAAAAUCAAACAACUGGCGGACCGCAGUCGGGUACUCUUUUCGAAACCGAAAAAUGUUCAACUUUGAGUUUGCAGAGUGCGUUAAGAUCAUUAGGUGACAUUGAAGUGCUAUUCCCUAUGAUCUCGAGAUUCGAUCAUAUGGACAUGUCUGCUCAUCAGGAACCUUUAGAGUUACAGGAGGAUUUUUUCGCGUUAGAAGGUCCUUGUAAAGCCUUCUUUUCUCUUAUUACUGCGCUCUUGCAGAACAACAUUAGGAGUCAAAAUCAUAUUGUUGAAACACGCGGGAUCAAAGUUAUUAGCCUAUUAUUACAACAAGAAGGUCCUAAACAUCUUUCUAUAACAGCAUUCCAGAGUAUGGUUGGAUUGGCCACUGCGCUUUCAUCAAACGAGGAAAUUUGCAGAGAAGUCUAUAACUGUUUGAUAUUUGAAUUCAGAUUAUGGAUGUAUGCUUCGAUGGAAAUUCAGAAAUAUUGUGUCCAACUUUUGAAGAACUUUGCAGACUCUCGCAAGCAAAUGUCACGUGAGACUUUUGGAGUUCAGUUCUUUCUUGAGGCCCUUGAUACGGUGUAUUGGUAUAAGCAGAACGAAAGAUCAGCGCCGCAUAAGCACGCAGCAACUGGUGCAACUAGACCUAAAGUUGCACAAUUGAAAGAGUUGCGGACUAUGGUAUUAGGGAUUAUUCGCGGAUAUAUUAAGGAUAAUAUCACCGAGGACGAAAUAUCAAGCAUUUUUAGAAAUGUGUCAGUCAGUGGAGACGAUCAACAUAUCUGUGAGAUUCUGGCAUUGCUCAGCGAUAUUAUCCAAAGUAAUUCGAACAAGAACAUUGUUGAUAAUAUUUAUUCAUGCGGUGGAUACGAAUUGCUAUGUGAACUAUUAAAGAGACGUGAGGAGAAUAUACGCUUAUCGUGUAUAAAUCUUAUAAUUGUCUUGAUCACAUGUCAGAGCACACCACCGCAAUUUGUGAAGAAGUUACGCUUCGAGGAUAUGGAUCCAUUGCUAUUAGUCAAGUUAUUAGAUGGAGCGCCAUUAACGUUAGCCAUAUACAAUGCAUUGUUAGGGUGGGCAACAGAACAACAGCAACCAAAGUUACUCUAUGGCAACGGCGACAGUCAAUCAUCAAAUGCGGUCAUUUUUCCGUUGAAGAAUAUGAAAAUUAUAGUAGUUAUUCUUGCAUUACUACAAUGUCACGGAAUUAAACGUCUAGUACAAUGCAAAAUACUCGAGGAAUUGACAUUGAUAUUCAAGCACAAUUCUGCUUAUUGUGCUGACUUGGAUUGUAUAUGGUCAUGGCAACGAUUUCUUGUCCGCAUAAUUCCUACAUUCGGUGGUGAAGAGGAGCAUGUCACGAGUUCUGGAGUUAAGGACAUUGGCGACUGGGCACUGGACUUUAUCGCUUGUGUAAUAUGGAAUCUUUUUGAUACCAAGCAUCGGGCUGUCAGAGUCAUUGAGGAGACAGUAGUCAUGAUAUGGAUAAGUGAAAGGCCAGAUUGUAUGUCUGUCAUUCGGGCGCUCUUAUCGCAGAUAUUGUCACGGAUAGCGCACGACAUUAGGAAGACUUCAUUACCGUCUCUAGGAGCAGUGAAGCUGGAAAAUAUAAUCAAAUUGAUUGCGUUAACCGAGGAUAUACUAUUUAAUCAUCGAGAUUUAUCUCAAUCAGUGAUACAGAGGUUACGAUCAAAUGGACAAUCGAUUGGAUCACCAUCCGGGAGUUAUUCAUCAUCAUUUCGUUCCGUCUAUGAACCUAGUAUGUCUUCGCUAAAUGCGGCGCGCUUUGAAGACACAGUGUUCCAAAAGUAUGAAUCAAGCUUACCAUUUGCGAGUCCAUUGAAACACGACGACAUGAUAUUCCAGAGUGCUAGCAAUCCAUGGGAAGAAAGUUAUUCAUUAGCAGAAUUAUUCCAAGAGAUAGUUGAUGCACUUGACAAGUCUGACUAUUGGAGAACAAAAGCACCAAUUAAGAGUGAGCUGAAAUCUGGCGACAUCUGCAGGAUUGAACUGCGAGGAUGGAUAGCUGGAAUAUCAUUGUCUGACAAAGCAUUGCGUGACAGCGCACUUGAUAAUCUGAUGAGUUUCGUAGAGAGACAUGUAAGAGUACCCGAUACUGUGACAGAGGCUGACAGGAAACAUUUGAGAGAAUUCUAUUGUUCGGAAAGUGACAUAUUUCAUCAGCAUAUUCUGAUGUUACUUGGAGAGAUACAUGAAGCAUUCAUCACGUCGCAGAUUGGCAACGGAAGAUACGACCAAAAAGUUACAUUCGCGUAUUACUUUAGUAUGCACAAAUGUCGUGACUUUCUUGCUCCAUUAGGAGACAGUCAGUUUUUCAUCGAAUCAUUAGACUCGGUGUGGCAAGAUGGAAAGUUCCGUGCUUCUGCGUUUGUUCAAUUCAUCAACUCGCGCGAUUGGAUGAUGAUACAUGAUAAAUACAUCGUACCCGCUAUGAAGACUGCCAGCGAUGAUGAAUUCGCAUUGGUGUGCAAUAUUGUUGACAGAUUUGCUAAAAGGGUUAAUAGUUAUAUUCACAGGGUAUCAAAGGUCGAAGCGAUAGUUGCCAAAGCAGAAAUGGCAUUUGACAGUGAAAUAUGUGCUAUCAUACGCGCUUAUCGCGAAGAGGAGAAUAAUCGUAUAACGGGCAUCGAAAUAGAUAAAAAGAAUGACUAUAGGCGAACGCUCAGAACUUGGCUAUCUAAAUUCCACGACCUGACUCAAGAAAGGGGAGCAUGGUCCCAAGGCAAAAAUCUAGAGAUUCAUUGGAAGUUGGACAGAAGAGAGAACUAUGCUCGAAUGCGACGGAAACUUACCAUAAAUUAUGAUUACGACCCUCAUAGCGAGGCGAGUGCCAAAAGAGACAAAACUCCAAUCGCAAUAUCUCCCAAUAGAACAAAGAACAUCAACAUACAUAAAUUGCGAAAAUCAGUUGAUUUUUUUAAAAGCAACUCCCCGCUUCCUGCUGUCGAUCCCUGGGCUUACGCGUGGUCUGCCAACGAGCCACUUAUUCACGAAGCAGAUACAUGGGAAGAAGGUGAAGAUGAAGAAUGGAAUCUGAUCGCCGGUGAUGAAGUUGUUGAGACUGUCGAUCUAUCGGCGAACAAGAUUAUAUUCUCAACUGAAUGCAAUCUCAUCGUUGUACUGUCUAGUAUCAAGGGUAAAAUUGAAUUAACAGCAAGCUCAUUAUCGUUCUUUGUCGAUCGGCAAGCCCUACUACAAGAGAUUAAUAACAUCGAACACGGGUCUUUGAUUGUGGAUUCAGAAAUUCUGCGCGACAAAAAGUGGAUGAUAUCAGACAUACGUGAAAUUCAUUUACGAAAGUACAUGCUCAGAAGAAGUGCCAUAGAAUUGUUCUUAACUGAUCAGACGAAUUACUUUUUCAAUUUUCCAGAGGUUAAAGACAGGUCGAAAUUAUAUGCUAAGAUAAUAGCACUCCGGCCACCAAAUAUGAUAAACCAAGAUAUCCGGUCUCCGGUUGCCCUGUUCAAUAAAUCGAAUCUAACUCGACGAUGGCAGCAACACGAAAUAUCCAAUUUUGAAUAUCUCAUGCACCUAAACAGCAUUGCCGGCAGAUCAUUUAACGAUUUGACUCAAUAUUUUGUUUUUCCAUGGAUUUUAUCUGAUUAUACCUCGUCUGAAAUAGAUUUAUCUGAUCCAAAGGUCUAUCGCGAUCUAUCUAAACCUGUUGGAGCCCUGAAUGUAGAUAGACUUGCCCAGUUUGUGGAUAGGUUCGAGAAUUUUGAAGACCCCACUGGACGUGUUAAGCCCUUUCUAUAUGGAACACACUAUUCUAGUGCCGCCACUGUGGCAUGUUAUUUGAUUAGAUUGGAGCCAUAUACGAGUGUACAUAUCGCAUUACAAGGCGGUAAAUUCGACCAUGCGGACAGGCAGUUUCAUUCUAUAGCCGGAGCUUGGGACUCGUGUUUGAAUGCUAGUGGAGACGUGAGAGAAUUGAUUCCAGAGUUCUUUUAUCUACCAGAGUUUCUGACUAAUCAUAAUAAUUUUGAUCUCGGGGUUCGACAAGAUGGUCAGCGUCUCAAUGAAGUUGUGCUGCCCAAAUGGGCAAAGACACCUGAAGAAUUUAUUCGAAUUCACAGAGAAGCGCUAGAGUCUGAUUAUGUAUCCGAGAACUUGCAUCAUUGGAUAGAUUUAAUUUUCGGCUACAAGCAAACGGGUGAAGAGGCCAUAAAAGCGCACAAUUUAUUUUACUACCUAACCUAUGAAGGUGGCAUAAAUAUAGAUGGCAUCCGUGACGAAGCAGAGCGUAAAGCUAUUGAACAACAAAUAUAUUACUUUGGACAGACUCCUACCCAACUAUUGACGAAACCACAUCCCCGACGACAUUCCCGAAAAGACUUGUUGAAACGAGACAUUCUGACAUUCAAGGAUAAUUGUAAUCGAUAUCUGGUACAAUUGAUUUCGAAAAGACUGAGAUACUUGGCAGUGGCAAAUAUGGCUGUAGACACUCUUACAACGGCUCCAUUGCAACAAAUCAUCACGAUGGAUGAAGAAGGCGUGAUUGGAAGACAUAACAUUACAUAUAACGCUGCCGAAGAGAUACCGUUUACGGUUGUUGUUGAUCCGAUGAUAGAGCACAAGACUCGCUUGAUGACACCUUUCUGUUAUGAUGCCCUAAUAUCGCCACGCUGUUUCGCAGUCAGCAAGGAUGGCAAAGUUCUCAUCUCAUGUGGCCACUGGAAUAACACAGUCAAAAUAACUUUAACCGAGACCGGUAAAACGAUUGACAGCCUUUCAGGACAUGAAGACAUUAUAACCGCGGUUGGUAUGAGUGAAGAUGGCAAGACCUUGGUUACCGGAUCGAGGAGUUCCAAAGUUCUGUCGUGGGAUGUACACGUAACUGGUGAUAAUGGGUUUCUGUUUAUUGAUAAGAAAAAACCAGUACAUGCUUUUUAUGGACAUGAUGAUGAGAUUACAUGUGUAGCUGCUAAUGCCGAACAUGACGUUCUGUUGAGCGGCUCUAAGGAUGGAACAUGUAUCGUCCAUUCAUUACGAAAUGCUCAAUAUGUUCGUACGCUUUGUCCGUUCGAUAAUACUGAAUCGUCGGUGGAAAUCGUUUGUAUUAGCAAAGAUGCAAAUCUUAUAUUGUAUACUGAACAUAAUGACGAAUACUAUUUACAUACCUACAGCAUCAACGGGAAAUUACUCAAUUACGUUGAAAUAUCUGGCAAGUUGAAUGAUAUGACAGUAUCAACCGAGAGGAAUGUGUUACUUACGUCCGAUGACAAGGGUCAAAUAACCAUAUAUGAUGCUCUAAGUCUCAAUCUCUACUUUGAAUACGACAUUCCACUCGUUGGCCGCAGCAUAGCCUUGAGUAAUAAUCAAAUUUUUGUGGCGGGAGACGACGGUAAACUCCUAAUCAUAUCUCGCUCACCUCGGAUGGAGUCCGUUGAUCUGUCUUAA